ACGUACAGAUUAAACCCUGAAAAGAUUUCCAAGUGGUGUGAAAAUGAAACCAACAGAAUUUUGGUAAGAGAUUUGCCUUAAUUUGAAAGGCUUAAAAUAAAUGAUCAUAUGAUUUUAAAAAGCAAGGAUUGCCUGCUAUUUGUUGUAACCCCUAUUUCUGUAAUGCUCCUGUCGCCAGAGAAGCAGCUGUUCAUUGCUGACAUUCUCCCUGCCAGGCAUUCCAAUUCUCUGAGGUAAUGGGCUACAAGCAUACGGGCCUUUGCUUUAAUUCUUUCAGCGUAUCCUUCCGCAUGGAUAGAGCGAGGGGAACGCCUCCAGGAAAAGAAAUUAAAUGCACACACACAGAGGCACACAGGGACGGGCAAUUUGAAAAUACCCCCAAGAACGCAGUUUGCGGUCAUGCAGCACAGCGUCACAUGAAGGAGGCUGCCUGAAGAGCUGUCUGGCACAGGUUUAUUUUGUUGUAGUAUUUUCUUCCACCCCCAGCUCUUUACCCAGUGGAAUGAUACUCAGAGCAAGUUUUUUGAGACAGGAAGUGAGGAAUGUUUUGACUAUGAGUUAUCUGAGAAGAAGGUGGGUUAGCCGAGAUAGCAGCUGUUUUGGCCAAGAGGAGCACAGUAAGUCAGUUCCUGAGGAAUACAGAUGAGAUGGCUCCGGGAGAAAAAGUCUUGGAGCGCUGUGUGUUUUUUACGGCUACACAUAUGUGAAAGGAGACUUGGUGUCUUUGGAUCACUGCACAAGGAUUCUAGUGGAUGCCCCUUCUACUUGUCUCUUGGUGGAAAACUUGCUUGUCUUUAAUGGAUACUGCUGCUGCUGGUUGAUCUUUGGAGACUUUACAGCUCCUUGCCUUUGGAGAGGAGAUAGCUACUUGUCCCUUUCAACGUCCUGGUGGUAGUAGCUUUUUAUCGGUAACCAUCCCUGGGGGAGAAAGAAGAUGCCUCUACCUUUUGGGUUAAAACUGAAACGAACUCGACGUUACACAGUAUCCAGCAAAAGUUGCUUGGUGGCUCGUAUCCAGCUGCUCAACAGUGAAUUUGUGGAGUUCACCUUAUCGGUGGAAAGCACAGGCCAGGAAAGUCUGGAAGCAGUGGCUCAGAGACUGGAAUUGCGGGAGAUUACGUAUUUCAGUCUGUGGUAUUAUAAUAAGCAGAAUCAGCGCAGAUGGGUAGAUUUGGACAAGCCUCUGAAAAAGCAGCUGGACAAAUACGCCUUAGAGCCGACUGUGUAUUUCGGAGUAGUGUUCUAUGUGCCUACUGUUUCUCAGCUUCAGCAGGAGAUUACCAGGUAUCAGUAUUAUUUGCAAUUAAAGAAAGAUAUCUUGGAGGGCAAUAUUCCUUGCACGCUGGAGCAAGCAAUACAUCUGGCUGGGUUAGCUGUUCAGGCUGAUUUUGGAGACUAUGAUCAGUAUGAAUCUCAGGAGUUCCUACAAAGAUAUGCUUUGUUUCCAGUGGGUUGGCUACAAGAAGAAAAAAUACUGGAAGAAGCAACACAGAAAGUUGCCUUGCUACAUCAGAAGUACAGAGGCCUUACUCCUCCUGAUGCAGAAAUGCUAUACAUGCAAGAAGUAGAGAGAAUGGAGGGCUACGGCGAAGAGACCUAUCCUGCAAAGGACAGCCAAGGAAGUGACAUAUUCAUUGGAGCGUGUCUUGAUGGUAUCUUUGUGAAACACAAAAAUGGUCGUCCUCCUGUUGUAUUUAGGUGGCAUGAUAUUGCCAACAUGUCCCACAACAAAUCCUUUUUUGCAUUAGAGCUGGCAAACAAAGAAGAGACAAUCCAGUUCCAAACUGAAGAUAUGGAAACAGCGAAAUAUGUGUGGAGGAUGUGUGUGGCCAGACACAAAUUUUACAGACUAAAUAAAUGCAGCCUAGACUCCCUGGACUCUCCAUCUGAGGAGGGCUCUCAGAAAUCUUCCCUCAUUCUUUCCCUUCCACGCUUUCCAAUCCUUUCUCGUCCUUCACUUCCCAAAGGACAAACCCAGACUGUUACAGUGAAUCCUGUUAGAAGGCGGUCUUCAUCCAGGAUGUCUAUGCCCAAGCCUCAGCCUUAUAUGAUGCCUCCACCACCUCAGCUUCAUUACAAUGGUCAUUAUACUGAACCAUAUGCAUCAUCCCAAGAUAACCUCUUUGUGAGCAAUCAGAAUGGAUACUACUGUCACUCUCAGACUAGCUUGGAUAGAGCCCCUCAUGACUACACUGGUCGGAUCCGCAAUGGUAGUGUCUAUAGUGCACACAGCACGAAUUCCUUGAACAAUCCACAACAUUACUUGCAGCCAUCCCCCAUGUCCUCUAACCCAAGCAUUACUGGAAGCGAUGUCCUCAGAACUGAUUAUAUACCAUCUCAUAGACAUAGCGCAUUAAUACCACCCUCUUAUCGUCCCACACCAGACUAUGAAACUGUGAUGAGACAGCUCAACAGGGGAAUGGUGCACACAGAUAGGCAGAGUCAUUCAAUGAGAAAUCUUAACAUCAGCAAUUCAUAUGCUUACAGCAGGCCUGAUGCCUUAGUUUACAGUCAGCCUGAAAUACGAGAACAUGCUCACUUUGCUUCGCCACAGUCUAACCAUUAUCCAUUUAACCUGAACUACAGUUUUCACAGUCAAUCCCCCUAUCCCUAUCCUGCUGAAAAGCGCCCAGUUGUUGGGGCAGUCAGUGUGCCUGAGUUGACAAAUGUGCAGCUCCAGGCUCAGGACUAUCCAGCACCAAAUAUAAUGAAGACCCAAGUCUAUCGACCACCUCCCCCAUACCCGUACCCAAGACCUGCAAAUAGUACUCCAGACCUUUCACGACAUAUCUACAUUAGCAGCAGUAAUCCAGAUCUUAUCACAAGGCGAGUGCACCAUUCUGUCCAGACGUUUCAGGAAGACAGCCUGCCUGUGGCACAUUCUCUUCAGGAAGUCAGUGAACCUCUAACAUCGGCACGCCAUACUCAGCUGCAGAAAAGGAACAGUAUUGAAAUAGCAGGCUUGACUCCCAGCUUUGAAGGAAUAAGAAUUAAAGAGAGGACCAUGUCAGCUUCUGCAGCAGAUGUGGCUCUCCCAAGAGUUAUUUCAGAAGGGUCACAGCCCAACAUUCUGAUGGAGAGAACAAAGCAAAAAGAAAGUAAGCAAGAAGAGGGUGUAAACUGUGAUCAUAAGAAAACCCUUUCGGAUGCCACUAUGCUGAUUCACAGUAGUGAGGAAGAAGAAGAAUUUGAAGAAGAGAACAAGGCUAGUACAAGCCUUUCUCCCCUCCCUGAAGAUCAAACUCAGCUUUCAUCUGUUAUGGGUGGUUAUUCUCGUGAUUCAGUACUCAGCUACCCUUAUAACUCUGUUGCUUCGUCUGCUGGCCCUUUGCAUAUUCUUGAGCCUAAAUUACAUAUUACAGAGACAGAAAAGAAAGUGAAAGAUAUGAGCCCCAUUCAUUUACUAGUAGAAAAUCAGGUACAGAGAAGAGGGGAAGGACUGCUUACUCCAUCUAUGUCAGAAUCUGAUCUUACAACAUCAGGGAGAUACAGAGUAAGGAAAGAUUCAUUAAAGAAGAGACCUGUGUCUGAUCUUUUGUCUGGGAAGAAGAAUAUUGUGGAAGGCCUUCCCCCACUAGGUGGUAUGAAAAAGAACAAAAAUGAUGCAAAGAAAAUAGGGCCUCUAAAGCUAGCUGCCCUAAAUGGACUAACUUUGACUAGAAUGCCUCUGCCAGAUGAGGGGAAGGAAGAGUCAUCAAGAGCAACAAAUGAUGAACGGUGUAAAGUUCUGGAACAACGGUUAGAGCAGGGGAUGGUGUUUACAGAGUAUGAGCGCAUUCAGAAAAAGAGACCUACAGAUGGUGAGUGCUCGAUAGCUCGGCUCCCUGAAAAUGCUGAAAGAAACCGGUUCCACGACGUGCUUCCUUAUGAUGAUACCAGAGUAGAGCUAGUCCCAACCAAAGAAAAUAACACGGGUUACAUCAAUGCAUCUCAUAUCAAGGUCUCUGUUGGAGGCAUAGAGUGGGAUUACAUUGCUACACAAGGCCCUUUGCAGAAUACAUGUCAGGAUUUCUGGCAGAUGAUCUGGGAACAAGGGAUUGCCAUCAUAGCUAUGGUGACAGCAGAGGAAGAAAGUGGGAGAGAAAAAAGCUUCAGGUACUGGCCACGUCUUGGUUCAAGACACAACACUGUAACCUAUGGAAGGUUUAAGAUUACCACACGAUUCCGUACUGACUCAGGCUGCUAUGCAACUACGGGUUUGAAGAUUAAACAUCUUCUCACAGGACAGGAAAGAACAGUUUGGCAUCUGCAGUAUACUGACUGGCCAGAGCAUGGCUGUCCAGAGGAUUUAAAGGGAUUUCUCUCAUAUUUGGAAGAGAUACAGUCAGUGCGGCGCCAUACAAACAGCACUGCGGAUCCUAAAAACGCCAAUCCUCCUGUACUGGUACACUGCAGUGCAGGUGUAGGACGAACAGGAGUGGUCAUACUGUCAGAGAUCAUGAUUGCUUGCCUGGAACACAAUGAGAUGCUGGACAUCCCACGAGUGCUGGACAUGUUGAGGCAGCAGAGAAUGAUGAUGGUGCAGACUCUUUCACAGUACACUUUCGUCUAUGGAGUUCUCAUUCAGUUUCUCAAAAGUUCUAGACUUAUAUAGUCCCUGCCACUUCCUAAGGAACAUUGCAAGAGUUUACAGAAAGACCGCUACAGUUGUCCAGGCAGACCUGCUCUCACCGGUGUCUUCUUCCUAUGAAGAAUCACACAGUUACCUUUUAGGGUUGGUAUGUGACUGUUAAAUGCAAGUCAGAGUAACAGUCCCUGCAAAGUAGGAUUUUCACUGGUCUAAAUUCUUCCCAUGUUCAGCUGCAGUUAUAUUAGGGAAUAAUUUUACUUGUACUGCUCUGUAGUACUUGCAUAUAUUCUUUAGAGUGGUGUUACUCUGGUCAAAGUAAGUAUAUUAUGGAAUGGAAGUACAUGGCACAAUUUUACUAAUGUUAUGUUUUAAAACAUAGUUGUUAGCUGUGUGAAAGCUAAACCCUGAAGGUGCACAUGGGCUGAGAAGCCUGCUCCUUGGGAAUGUCAAGGUCUUACGCAGUUUCAUUCUGCUUUCAAUUUUAUAUUUAGAACAAUACAACUGUAUUUUUUCAAAUGAACUCUUAGUUUCCUCUGGUUUACUCAGCAAAAUUAGAAGCUCUUGGAUAUUUCAAGCUGUUGCUUUAAGGGCAGUUCUUUUUAUGUUCAGCCUUUUUUAAUUAAAAAAACCCCAAACACCACAACCCAAAACUUUUUAAACACAGUAAUAUUUUCAGUGAAGACUGACAAUGUUUGAACUAACUUUUAAAAAAAUCAGAAAGUAUUAGGGAGGGCUAUUGGUAGUUACUUGUAGUGCUGUGUAAUAGAACUGACAAAUGAAAGAUGAUAACUGUUAGUAACUUU